AUGUUCGAGUUUGGUGAAGCAAUUUCCAUAACUCAUCUGGCUUAUUUGGUAUUCCAAUCUGUUUUCCAAGUCGUUAUAAUAUGUUUGGCAGGUUUUUGGAGUGCCUACAUGGGUCUACUACCUAAACAAUCUCAAAAAGUAGUAUCUUUAUUAAAUGUAGAUUUAUUCACUCCAUGUCUAAUUUUCAGUAAAUUAGCAAAAUAUCUAUCAUUAGCAAAAAUAUUGGAAAUUUCAAUUAUACCGUUAUUUUUUGCACUAAGUACAAGCAUUUCAUACAUUUCAGGGAGAUUCAUUUCAAAUAUAUUAAAACUAGACGUCGAUGAAACAAACUUCGUCGUAGCUAACUCGAUUUUUGGUAAUAGUAAUUCUUUACCGGUGUCCUUAACUUUGUCUUUAGCAUACACUUUGCCAAAUUUAACUUGGGAUCAAAUUCCUGAUGAUAAUAGAAAUAAUGUGGCAUCUCGUGGUAUUUUAUAUCUAUUAAUCUUCCAACAAAUUGGUCAAAUGUUGAGAUGGAGUUGGGGUUAUAAUAAAUUAAUGAAAUGGACUGGUGAGAAUCAUCAUCAUAUGCCUCAAUCACAAAUUCAAGCACAUCUAGAGGCUUCAAGACAAAAUGCAAACCCUUAUUCGGACGAGGAUGGUGAUGAUAAUGGAAAUGCAGAAGAUGGCAUAAACGAUUUGAUAGAUGCAGGACAUCAAAAUGGUCUAAAUUCAGUUUUAUCAAGAAUUGGUAAUAAUUUUAUCAAAUUCGUUAACGUUGUUAGAUCAUAUUUGAACCCGCCUUUAUAUGCAAUGAUCAUUUCUGUUAUUGUCGCAUCUAUCCCUUCUUUACAAAAUGAAUUGUUCAUGGAAGAUAGUUUUAUGAAUAAUACUUUCUCUUCUGCCAUUACACAAAUCGGUUCUGUCUCAAUUCCAUUGAUUUUAAUCGUAUUAGGCUCUAAUUUAUAUCCAUCAGAUGACACCUUCCCAAGAACCCACAACCACGAUAAAAUUGUCAUGGGUGCUCUAAUAGGUAGAUUGAUACUUCCAUCGUGUAUUUUGCUACCAAUAAUCACUAUUUUGGUCAAAUAUAUUAAAGUCAGUAUUUUAGAUGAUCCUAUCUUUUUAAUUGUGGGAUUCUUACUGACUGUUUCACCACCAGCAAUUCAAUUAACACAAAUUACACAACUUAAUGAAUUUUUUGAAGCUGAAAUGGCAAGUGUAUUAUUCUGGGGUUAUGUCGUCUUCAGUUUGCCAGUUAGCAUAAUUGUUAUAACUGCUGCUAUAUACGUUUUACAAUGGGCUGAUAGCUAG